AAACGCGGCCGGCAACCAAACAAUCUUUGCCUGUGAAGCUGGUCAUCGAAGCACUUCUUUGUCCAAGUGCUACAGAUCAUAAAAUCUGCCGACCUAAACCUACAAAUUCUUUCUUUUACGUAUUUUGCAGCAGCAAGAAAUAGUAUCCACCAAUAAAGUCUCGCUUCAAGAAAGCCCCGUCAACAUCAUCUCGUAGCCUGAGAUUGUAAUUUCAAGUCGUUGUCAUCUAGCAACGCCAAAGCCUCAAAAUACAACAGACAUUUUACAAACGCUUUGUGCGUUGAUCGGUGUAUUUAUUCAAGCGGGCCACCACCACAGAUCUCCCUCCACACCGACUCUCAAGCUGCAAAUAUGGAUGUUAAUGCCGUCCUCGAGGGGACGUUGUCAGCUGAUGCCAAUAUCCGUGGCAAUGCUGAGCAACAGUUGACACAAGCUGCCGACGCCAAUUUCUCUGCAUACGUCACGACCCUCGUCACACAGCUUGCGAGCGAAGACGCAGCAAAGCCUAUACGUGUAGCAGCUGGUUUAGCUCUUAAGAACGCCUUCUCUGCCCGAGAGUACGCCCGUUUACGUGAGGUCCAAGAGAAAUGGCUUCAACAAGUCGACGCAGACACCAAGAAGGGUGUGAAAGAUAUUACACUCCGAACACUUUCUUCGGAAAACGCACAAGCUGGCCAGGCUGCGGCGCAAGUUAUUGCAUCUAUAGCUGCCAUCGAGCUUCCCAGGGAGCAGUGGUCCGAGCUUAUGCCAACCUUGGUUCGCAAUGUUGGAGAGGGUGCCGAUCAUCUUAAGCAAUCGUCCCUUACCACAAUUGGUUUCAUCUGCGAGAGCGAGGACCAAGAUCUACGAGAAAGCCUGGUCCAGCACUCGAAUGCUAUUUUGACUGCUGUUGUUCAGGGUGCCCGCAAGGAGGAGACCAAUGACGAGGUCCGCCUCGCAGCCAUUUCGGCCCUUGGCGACUCUUUGGAAUUUGUUAAGGAAAACUUCAAGAAUGAAGGAGAGCGCAACUAUAUUAUGCAGGUGGUCUGCGAAGCCACUCAAGCAUCAGAUUCUCGCAUCCAAGAGGGCGCCUUCGGAUGCCUCAACAGAAUUAUGUCAUUAUACUACGAGACCAUGCGUUUCUAUAUGGAGAAGGCUCUGUUUGGCCUGACUAUUAUGGGAAUGAAGAGCGAGGACGAGGAUGUCGCAAAGCUGGCUGUCGAGUUCUGGAGCACGGUCUGCGAGGAGGAGAUUGCCAUUGAAGAUGACAAUGCACAGGUUGACUCCGCGGAUCAAAUGAGGCCGUAUUACAACUUCAGCCGAGUGGCCACAAACGAAGUUGUCCCCGUACUCCUCACUCUUCUCACGAAGCAAGAUGAGGAUGCUGCUGACGAGGAGUACAACAUCUCUCGCGCUGCCUACCAAUGUCUUCAACUUUAUGCCCAGUCUGUUGGAGGCUUGGUUAUCCCACCUGUGCUUUCAUUCGUUGAGGCCAACUUACGCCAGGAAGAUUGGCACCACCGUGACGCAGCCGUUUCCGCUUUCGGCGCGAUCAUGGAAGGCCCAGACGAGAAGGUCCUUGACCCAAUCGUGAAGCAAGCCCUCCCUGUGCUCAUUGAUAUGAUGGCCGACAAGGUCCUCCAAGUGCAAGACUCAGCUGCCUACGCACUGGGCCGCAUCUGCGAGGCCUGCUCAGAGUCGAUCGACCCAGCUCUUCACCUUCCUGCGUUGAUCUCGUCUCUCUUCACCGGAUUGGCGAACAACCCCAAGAUGGCCGCGUCUUGCUGUUGGGCACUGAUGAACCUUGCCGAGCGCUUCUCUGGCGAUAUUGGCUGCCAGGAGAACCCAUUGUCUCCCCACUUCAACGAGAGUGUUUCGCGUCUCCUGCAGGUUACUGAGCGCCCUGAUGCGGAUAACCAGCUGCGCACUGCGGCCUAUGAGGUUCUGAACACCUUUGUCAUGAACGCGGCCCAGGACAGCCUGCCAACUGUGGCAUCGCUUUCCGAUGUCAUCCUCAAGCGCUUGGAAGGCACUAUCCCUCUCCAGGCCCAGGUCGUCAGUGUUGAAGACCGCAUCACCCUCGAGGAGAUGCAGACCAGCCUUUGCAGUGUCCUCCUUGCGAUUGUCCAGCGCCUGGAGAAAGAGAUUGCCCCGCAAUCCGAUCGCAUUAUGCAUGUUCUCCUCCAGAUUCUCAACACCGUUGGCCCCAAGUCGUCUGUUCCUGAUGCAGUAUUCGCCACUGUUGGAAGCUUGGCCAAUGCUCUUGAGGAGUCUUUCGCACCAUACAUGGAGGCUUUCGCUCCAUUCCUUUACAACGCAUUGACCAACCAGGAGGAGCCAGCCCUUUGCUCAAUGGCUAUCGGCCUCGUCAGCGACGUUACCCGUUCCAUGGGCGCCCAGUGCGAGCCUUACUGCGACACCUUCAUGAACUACCUACUUAACAACUUGAGGAGCACUGCCCUGGCAAACCAGUUUAAGCCUGCGAUCCUUCAAUGCUUCGGCGACAUCGCUGGAGCUAUCGGCGGAGCAUUCGAGAAGUACCUCUCGGUUGUCGCACAAGUGCUUCAACAAGCUGCCACCGUCCAGGCCAGCCCAGAAGGUUCUUACGAGAUGUACGACUACGUCAUGUCUCUUCGUGAGGGAAUUAUGGAUGCUUGGGGUGGUAUCAUUGGUGCCAUGAAGUCCAGCGAUCAAUCAGCUCUCCUUUCGCCAUACGUCGAGUCCAUUUUCCAGCUUCUCAACGCUGUCCAUAUUGAUCAGAACCGCAGCGAGGGCUUGAUGAGAUCCGCCAUGGGUGUUAUUGGUGAUCUGGCCGAAAGCUUCCCCAACGGAGAGUUCUCUCAGUUCUACCGCGCCGAUUGGUUGACUUCGAUGAUCCGCGAGACUCGCUCCAACAGAGAGUUCCAGUCACGAACGAUCGACACUGCCAGAUGGGCCCGCGAGCAAGUCAAGCGCCAGAUUGGCGGCUCCCAAACCGUGCACCAGACUUGAGCCGGUCAACACCAGUCCGAAUACACUUCUGUUUCUGGUUCUAGGGUUGGCGUAUCGUCAUUCACAUAGAACUCGUUAUCAGCGUCCGUUAUUUCCCACCAAUACACCCCCAAUAUUUCAAUAAUAUCUUACAAAGCAGCCUGGCCAUUCAGAGGGGUCUUGUCCUCGACCGGCGUUUUUGAUUAAUCGGUCAAGUGAUCGGUCCCCAGUACCCUCACCAGCACAUUUCUAGCACCAUGUACAAAAGAACCCCUAUACCCCUUUCACAACACAUUUCAUUCGUUAGAAGAUUAUGAGGCCAUGUCACCGAAGAUAUUCAUGUAUUCCCCAACUUUAUGUAAUAGUCAUUCCAAGACUUUAUUUGGAUGGCUGGUGGCUGGCAAGGAGCGAUAGAGAAGACGGGCGGAGGAAAAGGUAGAAGAAGGAAAAUGCUUCGCAAGAAAGUUCUUGUGUACAAGCUGGCUGGAAGUGGGAUGCCUGCUUCCAUGCCCCAUGGAGUCGGAGGAGGCGUGAAUUGGACGAAUGAUGAACAGUGUAGAGAACCCCCCAAUCAAUGAACACACAGAUUCUCAUGAAAUAAUAUAACUCCG